UUGCCCCAUACCAGACACCAGAUGACGCUCUUGUCUUACUGUCUCGCCCUUUUUUUGCGCUAAAGAUCCCUGCCUGGUCCUCAACAACCAACAGCUCAAAGUUUACCGGACACGUUUCUCCAAUUCAUCAAUGAGAGUAUCAAAGCCAAUUUAUGACUGGCCAACAUGCGCACGUGAUCCCAUACAAAUACCCCAUAUUUGGGCAGCGCACGUCGGAUCAAGAAUUAAAAAAAGAUACCAAAGCCUACUCCACCUAUAAAUCCUGGAUUAUUUUUUUAAGGCAGACAGCUUUGAAUUUUUCAAAAGCGGCUACAAAGAAACGCAAUGAUCAACAAAAACAAGGAAAUAAGCUCAACAAUCACCCCGGAGACCGCUCUAGUUUAAAAAGAAAGUGUCGCUGAUUGUUCGAAAACGAGCUCUUAUGUUGACAGCUGCAAUCUCGGGAAAACAAGCGAGACAACUUCUCCUAACACUAUGUUUAGUUUCGAUCUUUCUGGGCGCCCGUCCAGCCGCUACGAGGGUGCUAAUGUGAACGGGAUAUUCACAUGUCCCGUCCCCACGACCUCUGCUCAACGGGAGGAGAUGAAAACGAGCCUGCGUGGCAACGCGGAUCCUCCUCUCCCGCCGCCGGGACCGCAGAUGACCAUGGUCUCCGGUAGCUCGUCGGAGAACGCGAGCGCUUUCGACUACGACAGCGGCUCGCUGCUCGGACUGGGCGCGGAGAGAGACCCGGAGAGGAGCGCGAAAUCCGGCGCAAACAAGAGCCAAGAGGGCGAGAGGAACGCGGCGAACACGCAAAUGGUGAAACGACACACAGGCGCGAGCCAGCUCCAGGACAGCGAGCAGCAGCCACAGAUUUAUCCAUGGAUGACAAAACUGCACAUGAGCCACGAAUCGGAGGGUAAACGCUCCAGGACCAGUUACACCCGCUACCAGACUCUGGAGCUGGAGAAAGAGUUUCACUUCAACCGGUACCUGAGCCGCCGCAGGCGCGUAGAGAUCGCCCACACCCUCUGCCUAAACGAGAGGCAGAUCAAAAUCUGGUUCCAGAACAGACGAAUGAAGUGGAAGAAGGACUCAAAGGUCAAAGUGAAGGAAUAAAAGAGCCCCAGAGAGUGGGUGCGUGCAGCGCGUUUUCAUCCCGUCACUGCACAGUGCUGGAGUGCCGCCUGACCUCCGGAUGAACUGCUAGGAGCAAUGACAUCAUGACACCGCGCUGUGCGCUUCAUCACCAAUUAUGUGUCACUUGCUGCAGUUUGGGACCUAAUGUAUUGAAUAUCACUCACUUUGAUCAAUCGGUUUACAUUUCUAAAUUAAUUUGGUGCCCAUGCGAUGAUAACCUCACUUUGCUGCACGAAGGGGACAAGAGGUCGAGGGGGGGGGGGGGGG